GCAUCGGGAACAAUGAUCUCGCGGGGAAUGAUGCUGUCCAUUGUGGCAGUGGCAAUGCUGAUGAUGCUGCCCGGUGAGGCCGGGGCAAGGAUGGCCUUUGAGAAGCUGACAGAUUAUGAUUUUGCCGGGACAACGUAUUACAGUGUGAAGAAUCUAUCGCUCUACGAAUGCCAGGGCUGGUGCCGGGAGGAGGCUGAUUGCCAGGCAGCGGCCUUUAGCUUUGUGGUGAAUCCAUUGUCGCCAUCACAGGAGACGCACUGCCAACUGCAGAACGAUUCAUCGGCGGCAAAUCCAUCGGCGGCGCCACAACGUUCCGCCAACAUGUACUACAUGGUGAAGUUGCAGCUGCGCAGCGAGAAUGUCUGCCAUCGUCCGUGGUCAUUCGAGCGUGUGCCCAAUAAGAUCAUCCGUGGCUUGGACAAUGCCCUCAUCUAUACGAGCACCAAGGAGGCGUGUCUGUCCGCCUGCCUCAACGAGAAGCGUUUCAUCUGUCGCUCCGUCGAAUACGAUUACAACAACAUGAAGUGUGUGCUCAGCGACUCGGAUCGUCGCAGUUCCGGACAAUUUGUUCAGCUGGUUGAUGCCCAGGGUACGGAUUAUUUUGAGAAUCUGUGCCUGAAACCGACGCAAGCCUGUAAGAAUACCCGUUCUUUUGCCAAUGCCCGCAUGGGUGUCUCCGAGGAGAAGGUGGCCCAAUAUGUGGGACUCCACUAUUACACCGACAAGGAGCUGCAGGUGACCUCCGAGUCCGCCUGCCGUUUGGCCUGUGAAAUCGAAUCGGAAUUCCUGUGCCGCUCCUUCCUGUAUCUGGGCCAACCCCAAGGAGCUCAAUACAAUUGCCGUCUCUAUCACUUGGAUCACAAGACUCUGCCCGAUGGACCAUCGACAUAUUUGAAUCACGAGCGUCCAUUGAUCGAUCAUGGCGAGCCCAUUGGUCAGUACUUUGAGAAUCAGUGCGAGAAGUCCGCCUCAUCAUCGGCUAACGGUGGCAACUCACCACCCGGCACCCUGGACAAGAUCGACACCCUGCCCGUCAGCCUGGACACCAUCGAGGAUCCAAAUCUGACCAACAUGACACGCAACGAUGUCAACUGCGACAAGACUGGCACCUGCUACGAUGUCUCAGUGCACUGCAAGGACACACGCAUCGCUGUCCAGGUGCGCACCAACAAGCCCUUCAACGGUCGCAUCUAUGCCUUGGGUCGCUCGGAAACGUGCAACAUCGAUGUGAUCAACUCGGAUGCCUUCCGUCUCGAUCUGACCAUGGCUGGACAGGAUUGCAACACACAGAGCGUGACUGGCGUCUACUCCAAUACGGUGGUGUUGCAACAUCACAGCGUUGUGAUGACCAAGGCCGAUAAGAUCUACAAGGUGAAGUGCACGUAUGAUAUGAGCUCCAAGAACAUUACCUUCGGCAUGAUGCCCAUACGCGAUCCCGAAAUGAUUCACAUCAACUCAUCCCCCGAGGCGCCACCACCAAGGAUUCGCAUUCUGGACACACGUCAACGCGAGGUGGAAACUGUCCGCAUCGGCGAUCGUCUCAAUUUCCGCAUCGAAAUUCCCGAAGAUACUCCUUAUGGCAUCUUUGCACGCUCCUGCGUUGCCAUGGCCAAGGAUGCACGCACCAGCUUCAAGAUCAUUGAUGACGAUGGCUGCCCCACGGAUCCCACCAUUUUCCCUGGCUUCACCGCCGAUGGCAAUGCUCUGCAAUCGACCUAUGAGGCAUUCCGUUUCACUGAAAGCUAUGGCGUCAUCUUCCAAUGCAAUGUUAAGUAUUGCCUGGGACCUUGUGAUCCCGCUGUCUGUGAAUGGAACAUGGAAUCAUUUGAGUCCUUGGGCAGAAGACGUCGUCGUUCCAUCGAAAGUCCUUCCAACGAGACCAAGAGCGAGGAUCAUAUGAACAUCUCGCAGGAAAUUCUGGUGCUGGACUUUGGUGAUGAGAAGCGUGAAUUCUUCAAGGCGGAUCCAAGCACAGACUUCUCCAAAGACAAGACUGUCACUAUCAUCGAGCCAUGUCCCACAAAGACGUCCGUGCUCGCAUUGGCCGUAACUUGUGCGCUGAUGAUCCUGCUCUAUAUUUCCACAUUGUUCUGCUAUUACAUGAAGAAAUGGAUGCAGCCCCACAAAAUCGUAGCAUAAGUUUAGGCGAAGCAAGAGAAAGAUAAACAAGCAAAGCAUAAAAGCAAAAAAGAAAUCUACACAAAAAGGAAGCAAAAAAAAAAAAGAAAAACAAAAAUCAUACACAACAAAAUUGUCACCUACACACAGACAAACACACACACACCACACAGACAAACGGCAUCCAUACACUCAUUCGCUAUGUCUAUCUCUCUCGCCCUUAAGGCAUGCACUGUGCGCGUCGUCGUCAACGUCAACGUCGCGUCGGCGUUGGCUUCGUGGCCGUCGCCGUCGCUGUCGUCGUCGUCGUCGUCGCUUGUCAGCGCUCAGCGCUCUCUCGCCUGCCCCGCGGCACGCACGAGAGAGUUUCGACAAUGAGAGCGACAGCGCCAGGAAUUGAAUAUCGAUUGCAAUUCGAAUUCGAUACCGAAACCGAACCUUACGCACCACCCACACACACACACACAGAGCAGCUGCCUGAAAUUAGCUGACAAGCGUAUAUUUUUUGUUUUUUUUUUUUUAAUUAAUUACUAUAUAUACAAUUUAUUUAUUUAUAUUUAUUUAGAUUUAGAGAGCGUGAGAUAAAUUCCAGAAAAUUUUGUAGCGAAUGUCCACAAUUAAUUCGCCUACGCCCAAGCCUAUUUUUUAUAUAAAACUUAUUCUCUAAAAAUUAGUAGAAGAAAAAACAAAAGCAAAAACAUAAACGAAAAGCAAACAAAAUGAGAUGCACUUUUAUAUUUAUGCGUAUAAUAAGAAGAAACUAAAAAUGGAACGAAAGAAAGAGCAAAGCAAAGCGCAUAAUGAAAACUACGGGCACGUACUUUCUAUAAAGUUACGAAAGAGAUGCACAAAACGUAUGCAAAUGCAAAGCUGCACAGAUCGAAUGAGAAAGGUAGAGAGUGAAAUAGAUUGGGAGACAAGAAUAAAGCUCCAUCUAUCGAUCUCUUUUGUAACUUGUAUAGAGACUGCGGCCGUACACACACUCACACACAUACACGCCAAGAUAAUUUCCCCACCCAUAACACACACAUACACAUACACAUACAAUCAAACACAUGCACACGCACGUACUCACAUUUAUUUUAUUUAAUU